AAACAUUCGCUUCGGCACGCGCACGCCGGUAUCUAUUGCACCGUCAAAGUGACAGCAGCCGCUCGGAUGUCAUUGUGAAAUAUUGGAUUGUUCUGAUCUGUCGGUGGUUGGGUGUCGUUCAAGUUUAAAUUCCGGAAAGUUGUGUUUUGACAAAUUGCAUUCAAGUUCUCCACUGCCGUGAACAUGUUGCACAUCGCCCGGAAGUGUGCCACGCAAAUUAGUGGUUUGCGAAGACUGUCCACGGCCCUGCUCCAAGACAAAGCCCUCAUCGACGGCAAGUGGGUGUCAGCCGCAAGCGGGAAAACCUUCGAAGUCUACAAUCCGGCAACUGGAUCAAUAAUUGCCCAUGUUCCGGAUAUGGACUCGACCGAUGCACAGAAAUCCAUCGAGGCCGCGAAGAAAGCCUUUUACUCCGAAGAGUGGUCCGGGCUGACGGCCAAGGAACGCUCAGGACUCCUCAAGAAAUGGUUUCGAUUGCUCGAGCAAAAUCGCCCAGAGAUUGCUGCUAUCAUGACCGCGGAAUCAGGCAAGCCGAUUAACGAGGCGAUAGGGGAGGCGGUGUACGGCGACUCGUUUGUGGAGUGGUUCGCGGAGGAGGCGCGCCGUAUCUACGGCGAGGUGAUUCCGGGUCCCGUACCGAAUCGUGAAUUGUUUAUAAUGCGACAACCCAUCGGCGUGGCUGGCCUCAUAACGCCCUGGAACUUUCCCCAUGCAAUGAUCACACGGAAGGCGGGCGCAGCGCUCGCAGCAGGCUGCACGGUGGUCAUAAAACCAGCGGAAGAUACCCCUCUAACAGCCCUCGCACUGGGAAAAUUAGCACAAGAAGCAGGAAUCCCGAACGGUGUUAUCAACAUCGUCACAUCAGGUCGUGAACAUGCCCCAGCUAUUGGAGAACUUUUCUGCAAAAGUCCCGACGUCGCAGGAAUCUCAUUCACAGGAUCUACCCAAGUCGGAAAGAUCCUGUAUCGAAAUUGUGCGGAUGGCAUCAAACGCCUUGGCCUCGAGCUGGGUGGAAACGCGCCGUUCAUAGUUUUCAACUCAGCUAACAUCGAUAAAGCGGUCGAUGGUGCCAUGGUUUCGAAGUUCCGUAACUGCGGCCAGACCUGCGUAUCGGCGAAUCGCUUUCUCAUUCAGGAAAAUGUCUUUGACGAGUUUGCAUCGAAGCUGAAGGAAAGGGUGGAAGGACUCCGAAUCGGAGACGGCGCUAAUAGCGAAGUAAAGGUUGGACCCCUCAUCAACAAAAUGCAAAUCGAUAAAGUCGCACACUUUGUUGAGGAUGCAGUAAGCAAGGGAGCAACGGUUAUAACCGGUGGGGGACGCCUCAAAGAGCUGGGAGAACUAUUUUACAAACCCGCUAUUAUCACAAAUAUCAAACCGAACAUGGUUUUAUACACGGAGGAAGUCUUCGGUCCGGUGAUAUCUCUGAUGAAAUUCAAAACUGAGGACGAAGCCGUCAAGAUUGCCAACGACACGCAGCGCGGGUUGGCUGGCUAUUUCUUCAGCGAAGAUGUCCAGCAAAUUUUCCGAGUCGCACGUAAAAUGGAGGUGGGAAUGGUUGGAAUCAACGAGGGUCUGAUAUCGACAGCGGAAGCGGCGUUUGGCGGGAUCAAGGAGUCUGGCCUUGGCAGAGAGGGCUCCAGGCACGGAAUCGAUGACUACGUUUACCUCAAGUACAUGUGCGUUGGGAACUUGAAGUUCUAAGCGUCAGAAAGCGGAAGGAGAGAAUAUGUUUGCUCAUAUCGAGAUUAUAUUAGGCUAAAUUCAAAGAAUUCAGUGACAAAUGUCUUCCAUUGCAUGUAAUAAGAUUAUAAUGUGCUUUUUCAAUGUUGGUUUCUAGUAAUAAGCAAUUCCUGAUACCCUAGUCUUCCGAUCCAGGAUAAUAAUAAAAUGUGAUUGAAGUACAGUAAAA